AUGAGACUCCAGGUGAGGUUUUUGACUGGUGAAGAUAUUGAACUUGAUGUCAACCCUUCCCUCCAAAUCUCGGCUCUCAAGGUGAUGAUAUACAAAAAAGCCAAUGUGCCCUAUUUCCAAAAGCGCCUGGUGGUGCAAAAUGGGAGCACUGUGGAGCUGAAGGACAACAAGAGGCUGUGUGACUACAAUGUCUCUCCCAGCGAUGCUGUCAUGCUGAUUGUCAAGACCGAGGAGCAGAUGCAGAUUUUCCUCAGGAACGACAAGGGGGAAACACCUACAUAUGACAUUCGGCCCUCUGAGUCCGUUGAGGAUUUUAGAUCACGAGUACAAUGGCAGGAGGGUGUCCCAGCCAGUCAGCAGCGUCUGGUAUACUAG